GGCGCGGGGCCGCCGCGGUCUGAGGCGACGCGGGGGAGCGGCGCCAUGGAGCGGUACGAGAAGCUGGGCAAGGUCGGGGAGGGCUCCUACGGCGUCGUCUUCAAGUGCCGCAACAAGGACACGGGCCAGAUCGUGGCCAUCAAGAAGUUCCUGGAGUCCGAGGAGGACCCGGUGAUCAGGAAGAUCGCCCUGCGCGAGAUCCGCAUGCUGAAGCAACUGAAACACCCCAACCUGGUCAACCUGCUGGAAGUGUUCAGGAGGAAGCGAAAGCUGCACCUGGUCUUUGAAUAUUGCGACCACACGGUUCUCCAUGAGCUGGACAAGCACCCCCAGGGGGUGCCGGAGCAUCUUGUGAAGAGCAUAACCUGGCAGACUCUCCAAGCUGUAAACUUCUGCCAUAAACACAAUUGCAUCCACCGGGAUGUAAAGCCAGAAAACAUCCUGAUAACAAAGCACUCAGUCAUCAAACUUUGUGACUUUGGAUUUGCUCGCAUACUGACUGGGCCGAGUGAUUAUUACACAGACUAUGUGGCUACCAGAUGGUACCGGUCUCCAGAGCUACUCGUGGGAGAUACCCAGUAUGGACCUCCCGUGGAUGUGUGGGCAAUAGGCUGUGUCUUUGCAGAGCUGUUAUCUGGGGCGCCCUUGUGGCCUGGCAAAUCUGACGUAGACCAGCUGUACCUCAUCCGGAGAACCCUGGGGGAUCUUAUUCCCAGGCACCAGCAAGUAUUCAGCACCAACCAGUUCUUCAGUGGGGUAAGAAUUCCAGACCCAGAGGACAUGGAGCCAUUAGAAAUGAAAUUCCCUAAUAUUUCAUACCCUGCUUUAGCUCUCAUGAAGGGUUGCCUUCAUAUGGACCCUGCAGAGAGGCAGACAUGUGAGCAGUUACUGCAGCAUCCCUACUUUGACAGCAUUAGGGAAGCAGGAGAUCUGGGGAAAGAACAUGAAAAAGCAGCUCGGAAACCAGCCAGGCUGACUCGGAAGCACAUGCCAGGGUUACAGUAUCUGCCUCAGUUAACCAGUAGUAAUGUUCUACCAGCUUUGGACAGCAAGAAGUACUUCUGCAAAACAAGGAAAUCAGACUACCAUUUCCCUAACAUCUAACUGGACAGCAGAAGAAUAAGAACUAUUUAUUGUUCAAAGUUCAGGUCAUUCAGAGUUUAUAAAAGGAUAUGUGGUCGAAAACUAAAUCAAUAUACAUUACGAUAUAUACAAAAGUGGUCUGUAAAGUAAUGUACUCUGGAAGGACAGUGAUGCACAGAAAGAACUCCAAGUUCAUGUUAGUCAGUGUUCUGUGUACAAAGGAAAAUAUAUUUGUUUUGCUUUAAUUCAUGAUUGUUUACUGGUUCAGAAUUACUGCAAACCAGUGUUUACAGUGUGAAUUUAAAAACUCCUCUCUAUUGCUUCUAUUUCAGACUUGGCAGCAGAACUGCUGCCAUGCCAAAUAAAUUAGUCUGAGAGUCCCACGGUGUCAGAACAGCAAUAUUAUUUUAGAUUGUAUUGUACAGUGCUAAGUAAAUGAUCCUACAAGGAACUAUAAACAUAUUCUCUAUGUGAGUAGAAGAUAGAUAUGUGUGUUUUUAGAGCCAAGCCGGAACACAGGCUACCUGACCCAGUUAUGAACCUGCUGAAAUAGCACUGCUUUAAAGAUAUGUCUAUGUUGCGUAUUAAAAGUACUGCAAUGACUUGGACUUGAUGGAAGUCUGAACAGGCGUCAUUACCACACGGGGAACAUAAAAUUAAUACAACCUAUUGUUUCUUUAGUCUUUUCAGAGUUUCUCCUGCUUGUUUCUUCCAUACAUUAUGAGGUUAUUUUUAUUUGCUGUUUUGGUCAACAGUGAAAUCACCUGCCUACAGUAUUACAGAAAUUGUUUUUAUCAAAAACAGUUCAUGAAAAGUAAAUUGUAACAUUAACCAGACACAGGCAGGGAUUCUUCCUAAGUAUAUGUGUUAGAAAGAAUCUUGGGGUUUUUGUAAUCUCAGGAUGUAAUAUUGUGUUGGUUUUGAAUAAAAAUAAGUGUAGCUUGUUUUUCCAAUUUA